AUGUCUAAAUACGAAGAACUAAACAAAGCGGGCCCAGAACAACAGAACUGUGGACUUGCAGUCGAUGUUAUAUAUAUAGAUACAUUUGACACAGCUAGAUCUCUUCAGUCGAUUGCAUGUAGCAGUGGCACUAGUAUGAGAUCUAUUGCGCUAGGAGGAGGUGAAUUGCAACUAAAAUCAAGGAUUAUAAAUGGCAGCUUCAAUAGGGGAUAUUGUAUGCAAAUAUUUAGAAGUGAAGCAAUUUACAACUGUAAUAUGAACGACCAGAUAGAUACAGUUGGUGCAGAUAGUGAUUGGAUAGAAACAACUGGUACACAACACUCAUCAUUUGAUGCAUGUAAAAUAUACUGCCUGCAAACAGAGGCUUGCAAAGCUGUUCAUUAUGAUUCUAAAUAUUGUUUCGUGUACAACAAAAUCACAACAGUACAGCAAAAAGCUGAUUCAAUUUACUCACGGAAGGAUUGUGUUGACACUCAAAGCAAGUGGACAUUUUAG